AAAAAAGAUAAAUUUACCACGGUAUUCGUAUGACGUUAAGUGACUGGUUAUCGCAGGUUGGAAAAGGGUAGGGAAUAGAGAAAAUAUAAUUACAAAAUAAUAUGAAUGAUAAUACGCACUGGGAGGGUUAAGUGACAAAAAUAAAAACAAAAAUAAAAAAUAUGAAAGGAACAACCCCAUUCAUACUUAGUCCUCGACCUCCUCGGUCGGCCACGAUCUCGAUACAGACUGCUUUCACGUGGCCGCACUGAACGAUCGUCCUCAGGGGUUCCACGGGCUGCGAACUACCGUUACUGUAAUGUACUCGGUGGCACUUGGAUGAGUGAAAAAAGUACCCCGUACCUCCUUGCAGAAGCUGAGCGCUCAGUCAGCACUGGUCAUUCAGAAAUAUGCUUCUGUCAGAUCAUUUUGCCUGAUGGGAUUCGGACUGGGCGUCUGGUUGGGGUCUUGCUCAAGAGGUUCCCUGAUGCUGAAAUACACGCUCUGGGUACCGGAUGGUUGAUGCUAACCGCCGUUUCUGUGGAUUAUUGUCCACUAUAUGUUGGUUGGUAUGCAUACAUACAUAUCAUGCACAAAGCGGGAAAUACUAUGUAUAGAUCAUACAAGGUCAUACCUUGUAUGUACCAACGUGUCAUGACAGCUCCGCACACGCCGAAUCGAUGCAUUAGCGACCGGGGCAGCCUCCCAGGAAGGUGAUAAAAUACCCUGGGAUAAUAUAGCGUCGUAUAUACCGACUAAAGGAGCUUAGUAUGGUAACCUCUGGGCACUGUUCUUUUGGUAGUUUUUCCCAUAAAUCCCGCUCAAUACUUCUCUCUCUCUCCCUUGCUCCCAACCAGUCAAGGAAAGGAAGAGUAAAGCUUCG